AUGAACAAUAGCGUAUUGAAUUCGACAGCUCCUACCGUUAGGCUAGAUUGCUUCUCCCCCUAUUUGGUCAUCACUAAUGGAAUAUGGCUUGGGGAAGAUCCAUUAAGUUACUCUCUCCCUCUCUUCCUCAUCCAACUCCUUAUAAUAACGCUAAUCGGCUGCAUUCUGUAUGCCAUCUUGAAGCCGUUCGGUCAGCCUAUGGUCCUCGCUGAGAUCCUGGCAGGCAUUUUGCUAGGAUCAUCUUUUGCAGGAAGAUGUUUUCAGGGGUUUGAGGCUCAUUUGUUCCCAGGAAGAAGCAUUGAGAUAAUGUCAUCAAUGCGUAACUGUAGUUUACUUUGCUUUGUGUUCAUGGUUGGAGUUGAAAUGGACAUAAAUGUGCUGAGGCAAAUGAAGAAAGUAAUGGUUAUUGGCACUAUUAGCAUCACAUUACCCUUUGCGAUUACCUGGACCAUUGCCUACCUCUUUCGUGACUAUUUCCUCAAAGAACAAAAGAACAACGCCUUCUACAUCUAUCUCGCUCUGGCUCUCUCGGCAACUACAUUUUCCGUGGUCGCUCGAGUCCUUAGAGAUCCCAAGCUCCUGAGCACAGAGGUUGGUCGAGUUUCCAUGUCAUCUUCAAUCAUCCACAAUUUGUUCUCUUGGGUGUUGCUUGCCCUUAUUUCCAUAUUUUCGGGAACUAUGAAAGCGAAUAAAGAAUUGGAUGGCUUGCCCUUCCUCUUCAUCAUACUAUCGAGCCUGAGGCUUUUGGUCGUUUGUGUCGGUUUGGUGAAGCCUGUACUAAAAUGGCUCGUGGGUAGAACGCCAGAAGGUAGUCCAUGA